CACGAAUUUUCCUAUCACUAUUCACCGGUCAAAUGAAAAAAUUUUUGAACUUCAAAGUUCUGACGUUCUGAGUUUCUGACUAUGUGUUGAGUAAUAUGACCCGUUUUAGAUUUGUCGAUUCAUGAUUGCCGGUUAGUACUCAUUAAAUCACUUCAAUUCAAAUGGGAGUUUGGUGUCAAAUAAAAAAUGUUGUGAUUGGCGUGGCUAUUGGACGCACAGUCAUAGACACGUUUGGGUCUGUGGCUAGAGUUGAUGGAAUUUCUAUGCAACCAACAUUCAAUCCAAAUAACACGGCAGACUUUGUGUUUCUAUCAUAUAUUCCAGUGCGAUUUGAUUCUAUUAAGCGCGGUGAUAUUAUUGUGGCCUUAUCACCUAGAUGUCCAAAUGAGACAAUUAUUAAACGUGUAACUGGUGUUGAAGGUGACAUUGUAGUAUUAAAAAAGAAAAAUAGUAGUUCAGGGGAAAAAAAAGUUGUGCCUAAAGGAUACUAUUGGAUUGAAGGUGAUCAUAAAGGCCAUACAUAUGAUUCUACUAGUUUUGGUCCGAUUUCUAAAGGACUUGUUGUUGCUAAGGUUUCAGUUAUAGUUUGGCCUCCCAGUAGAUGGCAACUACUUCAGUCCCACCAUAAAUAAGUAAUAUUCAAUCUUGAAGACUAUUAUAAAGAAAGAUUGAAGUCAAAUUUCAUUUAUUUUAGCUGAAUUGCAGUCGAGCUUAAGAAGUUAAAGAUAAUAAAUUCUCAAUUAUCCACAGUCUUCCAUAGAACUGAGUUAUUUUAAGAAAUACAAAUUAUGUUAAUGCAUGAUAAUAAUAUUACAAAGUAUGUAUAAAAAAUCAUUA